UUUAAUGAAGAGAGGGAGAGCGUUUCUGAAAACCCUCUGCAGAAGAACCCUUUCCUCUCUCAACCACCAUAAACCCUCUCAUCCUAAGAUGGAUCCAUCGGAACGGUAUUGUUACAAUCCGACAUUGAGGUGGAAUCCUCAAGUGGAAGCGUAUUUCGUCAAAGCCUACGGAGCUGACCAUUUCGCUCGAAUUUCCAAGGCCCUCACGCAGCCGUCGUGUUACUCAUGUAUACGAGUGAAUACACUUAAGUCAACUAGUGACUCUGUCAUCAAGAAGCUUAGUUCCCUACUACAGGAGAAUGGGUGGCAAAGUAAUCCUUCUAAAAGAUCCGAUGCUUCUAAUAACUCUGAUGGUAUUGCAACUGAACCAGUUGUUUCUGAUGGUUCCCCACACGCUUCCUUGAAAAAUUCUUUCAUUUCAAAGUGUAAGAUACCUGGCCUAGAUUAUGUAGUUUUUGUCCAAGGGUCUGGACCACAUACCAUCGAUUAUGGGUAUAAGGAAGACAAACCUCCUAAGGAAGUGAUUGUGAGCCGUAAAUGUGCAGAAGCAGUUCUUCGUGGUGCUCAUGUGUAUGUACCUGGUGUUUUGGCCUGUAGUGCUCACGUGGAGAAAGGAGAACAAGUUGCAGUUUCAGUUGCAUUGGAGCAGCCUGGUGCUGAUGGCGGCUGGGGAGUUGGUUUUACACGUGGAACUGUACUUCAGGGAUCACAAGCAGGCAUACUUCCCCUUGGGCUUUUUGCCAUUUAUUUUGCUUCAUUAGUCAUGUCUGCCUACCACAUCUAUCCUUUUUAUUUUGAACGGAAUGGCCUCUACAUUGGUCAAGGAAUCAGUAUGAUGUCCAGAGCUGGGAUGUUCCGGGUUCCUCAAGGAGUUGCUUUAGACCUGAAUAACAGAGUAUUUAACCUACCUUCAUUUAAUGAUUUACUCGAGGGGGAAAUAUUUCUUCAGAAUCUCCCUAGCAUCAUCACUGCUCAUGCCUUAGAUCCUCAAGAGGGAGAGAAGAUAUUAGACAUGUGUGCAGCUCCUGGAGGUAAGACCACAGCAAUUGCUAUCCUCAUGAAGGACAACGGAGAGGUUAUUGCAGCUGAUCGAUCUCACAAUAAGGUGCUUGAGAUCCAGAAAUUGGCAGCUGAAUUGGGAUUGAAGUGUAUAACUACUUAUAAGCUUGAUGCUCUUAAAUCUGUUCAGCAUAUAAAUAAAUCUGAUAAUCAGGAUGCUACACAGGGUGGGGUGAAUGGGAGCAUUCAAUACUCCGAUUUACCAAAAUCUGGAAUUGAGAAAGUAUCAGAUACCACUGUAGGGUUUUCUCAUGUAGCUAACCUUGAUCAACCAAAGAAUGGAAAGUACACCAGUAAUGCGGAGCACAGGAAGAAUAUGCGGGUAAUGAGAAACUGGCCAGGGCGAAAUAAUACUUUAGGUGGAAGAGUUGAAAAGUGUAAAGGAUUUUUCCCCAAUACCUUUGAUCGUGUUCUUCUUGAUGCUCCUUGCUCCGCUCUUGGUCUAAGACCUCGGUUGUUUUCUGGAGAGGAUACUAUGGAGUCAUUACGAAGCCAUGCCAAGUAUCAGAGGCGGAUGUUUGACCAGGCUGUACAGCUUGUUCGCCCUGGUGGAGUCAUUGUGUACUCAACGUGUACAAUAAACCCAGGUGAGAAUGAGACACUGGUUAGAUAUGCAUUGGACACACACAAGUUCCUCUCGUUGGCAUCACAGCAUCCAAAGGUAGGAGGACCUGGCCUUGUUGGAGGUUGUCAAUUUCCGGAUGGAUACCAAGAGGAAUGGUUGAGACCCGGCGAAGAGGAUUUUGUUCAGAGAUUUGAUCCUUCCUCAGAACUUGAUACUAUGGGCUUCUUCAUCGCCAAGUUCAACGUUGGUUGCAAAGACAUCUAACUUAAAGUAAAAUUCACAUGUCUCAAGAAUCCAAGAUAGCGUUUGCCAUUAUUUCGUCAUUGUGUCCUUCCUUGAAUGAUUGCGGGCUUGAUGAGGUGAAAUUAUUCGUUUCUAUAGUAGGGAAAUUUUCAGAAGCAUGACAUGAACUCAUACCCCCCUGUUGUAGCCCAGUACUUCACACUGAAUCUAUUGAUGAUUUGUCUAGAAGAAUUACAAUAUUCAAUGUUGUAUUUAACUGUUCAUUGUUACAAUCAAUGAGCUAGCAUCAUGAUUUUACAUUUCUUGA